AUGAAGCCAAAGAAACAAGCGAAAAAUAAGAAUCCACUAUCACCCCCUCACAUCCACCAUUUCAACAACUGCCACCUCCCCCUCCCUACCAAGCAUCAGCAACAAGGAAUGGCCAGCCCGAUAAAAGAACAUAAAUCUGUCCAUUCGAUGGCUUCUCCCAAUAAGAAACAAUCCCCGAAUAAUGCUCAACGACAGAAGAAGGGAUUUUUGAAACGGUUAAAGCAGAACUUUAAAUUAAAUCGCCCAUUACCUCUACCAAAUGCAAAGAAAAAGAAAUUUCGUACGGAGGUCGAACUUCUGAGUAACGCCAUGCGAUCCCCGAUUAUUACGCCGAAAAAGAAAGGCUUCACACAAAUCAUAUUGGCUUCUGAUUUGCAAAAGUCGCCAUUACGCAAAAACCAUGCCCUAUCGCCGACAAGAAUUAAGGGAAUGAACUUCCUCGAAAUCGACCUAAGCGACCAACCAUCAACUAGUGGCGCUAAUUUUUCACCUCGCCGUAGCAAACGAAUCGAGUCUAUCCCGGGUACAUCUCGAGAAUCGACCCCUGUAGAUGCAAUAGAUACGAAUGACCCAAACGGCCCGUCGAUGGAAAAUUCGAAUCCCCCGUUUUGGAAAGUAGAAAGAUUAUCACCUGAAUGGGAUCGAGAAGAGGCUGAUUGCUGCGAUUUGAAAUUUAUCUCCACUUUGCAUAUCAAGCCUGAAAAAGAGGAGCACAAAGAAAGGAAAAAACACCAUCGCCAGAACCAAUCCCAAACUACGAAAUACGGAUUUGUAAAAAGCCAA